UAUUGUUGGUUUCUUCCUGGCUGCUGCCCCCUUGUAUGUUGAGGUGAUUUUCUACUUUGUGCCUGAAUAGACUAUCAAGAGAAACCAGGAUACAUUGCUUGCACAGAUUCUGUGAGCAACCCUAUUUUCAUUUCAUUUAGAGUUCUGGAAGUAAGUGCUCGAUUUAUGGUUCCACUUAUGCUUUAUCUACAUCCACAUACCUGUAUAUUCAUCAGUGCCUUAUUUUCGCCUCUCGUCUUGCUACAUUUGCAAUUGUCCUUAGUGUGUAAAAGGGAGCUGAUGACUCGUAAACUCACAGGGAAUAGUUGUAUACUUUGCAUUUCACAGAUUAUUUUCCCUUCUAUUCUUGAGAAAGAACAAAUUAUAUUUUGUUUAGAGGUUUAGUCCAGGCAAACAAACAAUCCUGGCUCCGCACCUGUCCAACUCUAAUGGCAUUUCACAGAACCCUAAGGUCCAAGUCGGGACCCAGUUCCUCAAUCAUCUUCCCUGCCUUCUGCAUAGCUGCGAUUGCGCUCCUCUUCUUCUUUGCCUCUCUCAUUUCCACAAACCCUGUAUCCUCCCCAAAAGCCAUAGAAAGUGUGACCAAGUCCGAGAACAAUGACCAGAAUCGCCACGAAAAGUUCCUCUACUGGGGUAACAGAAUUGAUUGCCCUGGAAAGCACUGUGAAUCCUGUGAAGGUCUGGGCCACCAGGAGUCCAGCCUCCGGUGUGCUCUUGAAGAGGCCAUGUUCCUUAAGAGAACCUUUGUAAUGCCUUCCAGAAUGUGUAUCAACCCAAUACACAAUAAGAAAGGGAUCCUUCGCCGCUCAAAUACUGCAAAUUCAGAAGAAAUGUGGGCAGCAAAGUCUUGUUCCAUGGACUCUUUGUAUGAUAUGGACCUCAUAUCGGACACUGUACCAGUAAUUUUAGACAAUUCAAAACUGUGGUAUCAGGUGCUAACAACAACUAUGAAGUUGGGAGCUAGAGGAGUUGCUCAUGUGGAACAAGUUAGUCGGGUUGAUCUCAAAGAGAACAGUCAUUUCUCAAAUCUUUUGCUGAUAAACAGAACUGCAAGCCCUCUGUCAUGGUUUAUGGAGUGCAAGGAUCGAAAUGACCGUAGUGCUAUACUUUUGCCAUACUCCUUUCUCCCCUCAAUGGCAGCAAAGAACUUAAGGAAUGUAGCUGACAAGAUUAAGGCACUCCUUGGUGAUUAUGAUGCAAUUCAUGUUCGUCGUGGCGAUAAAAUUAAGACCAGGAAGGACAGGUUUGGUGUUAACAGGACCCUGCAUCCUCAUCUGGACAGGGAUACACGCCCAGAGUUUAUUCUCCACAGAAUUGAAAAAUGGGUCCCACCUGGACGAACUCUUUUUAUUGCUUCAAAUGAAAGGACGCCAGGAUUUUUUUCGCCUCUCUCAGUCAGAUACAAAUUGGCUUACUCAUCAAACUAUAGCCACAUUUUGGAUCCCGUGAUUGGAAAUAACUACCAAUUGUUCAUGGUUGAAAGGCUUAUCAUGAUGGGUGCUAAAAAAUUCAUUAGAACAUUCAAAGAAGAGGAUACAUAUCUCAGUCUUACCGAUGACCCGAAGAAGAACUCCAAGUUAUGGAAAAUGCCAGUUUCUACCAUGGAUGAAGAUGGCAAGCAAACACUUUGAGUGUUGUUCAUUGUUGCAUAUAAGGGGUUUUGUUGUGUGUUCAAAAUAUUUAUUUUCAGAAAGAAAGUCAACAUGGUUAAGUUUUUUAAUUACCUUUUCCCAUUGGAUCGGAUUUCUGGAGUGUUGAUUAGAGAAGUGAUGUAUAUAUGUUCCUGAUGAUUAGUGCAGUUAUGUAGGUAGUGUAUAACUUUUUAGGAGGAAGCAACAAGUCUUUUACUCCAAAGCGAGGCCUUUUUGUUCUCA